AUGCAAUCAUUAAUUACAUAUAUUGCUUUGGUGAUUACCCUUUUUGUUAGUUCAACAAUUGGAUUACAUUUAGAAGUUCCUGCCCUUCCUAAUCCACAACCAGUAUGCAUUCGUGACUUUGUUCAAGAAAAUCAAAUGGUUGUUGUCAACAUUAUAACCGAUGGUAGCAAAGGCGAUGGACAAAGAUUAGAUUUGAAAGUUACAGACCUGCUUGGUAAUGUACAUAGAAGCAAGAAAGAUGUUGUGGGACAUGCUAACAUUGCAUUUACAUCCCAAAAUAAUGCCGCAAUUGAUAUUUGCUUGACCAAUUACUUGGACAAUAAAUGGGCCAAACAUCAACAGACCGUUAGAUCAGUCGAGUUGGAUAUUGAGAGUGGUGCAGCAGCUAGAGACUGGAAUGCUUUGCAAGCAAGCGAAAAAUUGAAGCCUGUCGAAGUUGAAUUGAAAAGAAUCGAAAGUAUAACAGAAGAGAUUGUUGAAGAAUUGCGUUACUUGAAAGCAAGAGAAGAAAGAAUGAGAGACACCAAUGAAUCGACAAAUUCUAGAGUCAAAUGGUUUUCUAUUAUUGUCAUUGCAUCUUUGGUCGGCUUUGGUGUUUGGCAAAUACAAUACUUGAGACACUAUUUCAAAGUCAAACAUAUUAUUUAA